UAAUGGUUUGAACCCGACCCGAUCCGACCUGACCCGGUAGUUGUUGCCCUACACCGUCUGAGACUCUUCUGCAGUCGUUACUUCUGUUUUCGAAUUCCACAGCAAAAAACAUGGCAACCUUAGCUGCUAACGUCACUACCGGAGCUCCCACCAAAUGGGAUUUCAGAUGCAACCUGGAAGUAGAUUAUGCGUCCGAAGAAAUUGCUCACAUGGUUUAUGCUGCUCUAGCCGUCGAUAAGGAGUUACAACCGGAUAAGGUGAAAAGGCAUAUGUCAGUAUCCAACGGGAAACUUUUGGUGGAUUUUGAGGCAGUCGAAGCAAGAUUCCUCCGUGCAUCAUAUAGUGCUUUUGUCGAUGUUCUUACACUUGCCACCAAGACAAUUGAAGAAUUUGGUCAGGGAUUGAUAUAGUGACAUUUUGAGUAGUGUAUAAUUAUUGAACCAAGUGUAAUUUUGAAUAGCUUUGUUGUGUCUCAUGAUUAUACUCUGUAUAAUUAUCAUCAAUUGAAAUUGAUCAAAAUUUGAGAUGA